UUACAUAUUAUAAGCCUGUGGUUUACAGUACGUACUGAAACAUUAUUUGGUCGUAGUGCAGGACGAUUUAAAAGCUUUGCUUCACGCUAGUAGCCUAGCAAGCUUACAUUAGCAUUAAGCUACACUGAAACAGUGCUUCACUUCCGAUCCCACCCAGUGAGAGCUAGCCAGCCAGCUAGCUAGCUAAUCCAACCCAGCCAGCUAGGGUAAACGUUACCAACCGAGUGGUGGGUGAGUGCUAGCAAGGAUGACGAUGCCGCAUGUAGGGGCAGUAUUUGCAGCAAUAACAGGAGUGAUGGCCAUCAUGUUGCACUCCUCUAUUCACAAGAUAGAAGAAGGACACCUCGCUGUGUACUACAGAGGUGGGGCAUUGCUGACUACUCCCAAUGGUCCUGGAUAUCACAUUAUGCUGCCUUUCAUUACCACCUACAGAGCAGUGCAGACUACACUCCAAACAGAUGAGAUCAAGAAUGUGCCUUGUGGAACAAGUGGAGGUGUGAUGAUCUAUUUUGACAGGAUAGAAGUUGUGAACAUGCUCGUCCCCUCAGCAGUGGUGGACAUUGUGAGGAACUACACCGCAGAUUACGACAAAACUCUAAUUUUCAACAAAAUUCACCAUGAACUCAACCAGUUCUGCAGCGUGCACACACUACAGGAGGUUUACAUUGAGUUGUUUGACAUCAUAGAUGAGAAUCUGAAGACGGCAUUACAGAAAGAUCUGAAUGUUAUGGCACCUGGACUUACAAUACAGGCAGUUCGUGUUACCAAACCAAAGAUCCCUGAGUCUAUCAGGAGGAACUUUGAACUUAUGGAAGCAGAAAAGACUCGUUUGCUAAUAACAGCUCAGACUCAGAAGGUGGUGGAAAAGGAAGCUGAGACUGAAAGGAAGAAAGCCAUUAUUGAGGCUCAGAAAGUGGCUCAGGUGGCAGAGAUCCAGUUCCAGCAGAAGGUGAUGGAGAAGGAGACAGAGAAGAAGAUCUCUGAAAUAGAGGAUGCUGCCUUCCUGGCCAGAGAGAAAGCUAAGGCUGAUGCAGAAUUUUACACUGCUGCCAAGUUUGCUGAAGCAAACAGGCUGAAGUUGACACCUGAAUACAUGGAGCUGAUGAAGUACCAGGCCAUAGCAGCUAACAGUAAGAUCUACUUUGGCCAGGACAUCCCGAACAUGUUUGUAGAGGGGGGCAACGGUCCACCAAAGUCUCCGCGCUCCCCUUCAUUACCGAAUGCUGAAUCAGACUUCUUUAAAGUGAAGCCUGAUGGACAGUGAGUCCACAGCUCUGCCUCUGCACAGGACAGGAGAGCUUGAUGAGGAAUUGUCUUGUCACUGGGGCGUAGAGCGCUGAACUGAAGAUGAUGAUGAUGGGUGGGGUAGCUUUUCAGCUAGUUUGGUGAACCGCACGCUUCAGUCUUAAAUCUAAAUGGCAAAAAAAGAGUGGGAGAGGGUUUAAGGUGGAAGAAAAGUGAGAUGGGAGAAUGUGACAGAUGAAAAGGAUUUUUUUUGUUUUGUUUUGGAGGGUUUUCAGCCUUCCACAUUUUUAAAAAGACGAGCUUUAGAAAUGAGAUUGAUGCCAUAGUUAAAAAACAAGCAUAAACAUGCUAAUGCCUGAGAAGGUGACGGCAACUAGUCGCCCUAAUUUACAUGUGCUUGCAAUCAGUGCGGUGUUUAACUUUUGCUUUUGGGGCUGCAUUCAUUUUUUGUUUUUCUUUUGUUAUCUUUUUUUGUUAUUGAUUUUUUGGAUGCAAGGUCAAUGAUUUGUGAUGAGCUAUUGAUUUUUGAGAGUUAUGUGGCUUGGCUGCACUGGAAUCUGACAGGUGACACUAAUUAAAAGCUGGGUGGACAAUGUAUGUGCGUGUGAUGGGGGUCAAGUCAUCUCUGUGCCAACCUCACUUGCACUGACUUACUAAGGUGGCUGUUCUUUUAAGAGUAUAAGGGCCCGUUUAAGCUGCUGGUGGAUGAACUUGAACACUUGAUGGGUUAUAUACAGAAGUGAGUGUGUUAUAAAUGUCCAGUUGAGUGAAAUUAUACAGAUAUUAGCUGUGGAGGGGUAUCAGAUUGGAAAUGUAGUUUAUUAUUUAGUGUAGUAUUCUGUUAUUAGUUGUUUUUUGGACCUCCUGUGACACAGACUCUGAAGCAAAUGAGAGGGGGGAAAAUGGAAGAAAGAUCUGGCGUUGCUUAAAGAUUUAGUCUAAUACAAAUUGAGGAUGAUUAACAGCUGAUUGUUGUAACAGCGAGCACUGCAGGAAGUAGAGAUUAUCAUUAAAGAAGUCAGCGCAUGUUUCUUUCUUCAGAUUGGUUUCCAGAGCCGUGCAUGUUGAAAUUAUGAGUUUGGGAUGGUUCAGAUAGAGCCUGCAACCAACUCUGUUGUUAUGCAGUGUCUUCAUAAGUGGUUAAAUGUAAACUCUCAGGACAUGUAUUAAAUAUUAAUAAGACAGCUGUUUAAUGUUCACUCUCCAAACAACAAUUAAUUCAGAUUUUCACCAUGAAGAAAGCUGCGGUUUGAGAGGAAAAUGGAAAAGCACCACCUUUUCAGCUAGGUGUCUGUCUGGAACAAUGCCAAUUUAAGAGCAUGCAGGGCGACUGAAAUAGGAAUAAUAUUUAAAACGAAAUCGACAUUUCAUUGUCAAUGUUUACAUUUUUUAUGGUGAUUCAUAACUAAGCGGACUACAGGAUCUUCUGUCAUUUCUCACCGAGAUAAUUGAAGUACCACAGAGCUUCCUAUGACGACAGAAACUCGGAGAGGAUUCACGUAACCUCCAAUCAGUUUUUGACAGCACGAGUUCUACUCAAAAACAAGUUGGUCUGUUUAGAGAUGAAUGUUGCUUUGGCUUAAGAAAAGAUACGGGUUGGUGCUAGUUUUAAUGUGUGUGUACAUUUUGAUUCUGUUCUGCUUUGUGUUUUAGAAACAUGGAAAUACAAUUGAGAUAACGAGCCUUAAAUAAUAUAAUGGUUUACCCCAGACUUAAAGGUUCAGCGAUUCUUACAGGCUAAAAGGCUCCUCAUAGACUUUGAAGAUGUGCCGUUCUGUACGGAUCGUCGCUCUCGCUUUGAAAGACUCAACAGGCAGUGAACACUACGAGUGUUUUGAAGACGCCGCGCUGUUUCUGUGACCUCCAUUUGGCAGUUUAACGCUGCACCUCGCAAUUGCUUUGGUGGUGGGUUCAAAUAAAAGAUGCAAAAGAGGGGGAUGAAUCACUCACAAAAAUAAUUUUUGUCGAUUUUUUUUUUUUUUUUUUUUUUGUACAAUCUGUGAAAUUUAAACAUUGUUUCCUUGUUUUAAAAGGUUUAUAUGCAAAAAUGUUUUCAAGUUUUGACAAUGUUCUUAUGUAACAAAUAAAACCUAUUUUGAUACCUCUC